AUGACCACACCUAAUCCCACAGCCCCUGCCCCUUACUCCUUUCUGAAGUUACUUCUGAAGCUACCAUGGGAGCUCAGAAAGAACAUCUAUUAUCGGGCGAUGCGUCCAGAAGACCUCAUUUCCCAGUGUCGGCCUCUAAACCUUAGCGUAGCGGAUUUUCGACAUAGUGGCAACCCAUUCUGCUUGGAGUGGCUCGAAGACUUCUGUCGCACAGAUGAAGCCACCCGUAUCGACGUUUCCUCUAUUCUGCUACAAACAACCAGGCUGUGUCUUUCCAGCCCUGUUGAAGUGGAGCCGUUCAGCUUGUUUCUUGAAAGCUUUCCUGAAGCCGACAACCAAGGCUUUGCUGCAGUUCGUGAUCUCAAUUUCCAGCUCUUCGGUUGUCACCGACCCAGUGCUGGGAACGAUAACGCAUACAUUAAAUUGAUGAAGCGAUGUACAGAACUAAGACAAGUCCAGCUGAAGUUCGAAGUUGAAUAUAUGACCAUAGACUCGUGUACAUGGGCCGAAAACCUGAAACAACCGCCAACAACACUAUGGUCUUUUGAUCAGACGCGCAUCAGGAGACUGGAGGAUAUUAUUUCGAUGUAUCGGUUGACAGAAAUUCUGAAGCUAAAGAACUUGAACAGACUAACAGUUGAAGCCUGGCCUCGGAUUAGAGUGAGUGAUCGACAGGCUAUGCAGGACGUUCUGGUCGAUUGCACACCGUUGAUCGAGAGUUUGGUGCAGUGGCUUGAAAGGGGCUUCGCGGCCCAGGACAGAGACGUUACCGUUAGUUACGUGGAAGCGAGCAAUCCAGGUUUAAGAUGGAGUAGGCGCAUGUGA